UUAUAUAACUCAGACAUUAGACAUAGACCCUUCUUCACGGGCAUAUUUUAGCAACUUCAAUUAUUUAAGUUAUAUAUAAAGAGGGGGAGAGAGAGAGAGAGAGAGAGAGAAGGGUCUGUAACUUUGUAUAUGUAUAUGGCCUAAUGGUGUCAAAGCAAAAUGUGGGUUUUGAUGAUGGGUAGAUCUCUUCAUUGAUGAAGGAGCCUCUGCAGAGAAUUUAUGUCAGUCACACACUUCUUUUCUAACCCUAAAACCCACCAUAUCUCUGUCUCUUUCUCUUUUCUCUUUUCCCUAUAUUAUUAUCAAACUAUAAAGAAAACAUUUACUCGUCUCCACUACUACUGCCACCACUACUAAUGAUGAGUGGUAUCAAGAAAGGCAAAUUAGAGGGAAAAAGAAAUAAUUCUUUACUUAUGGAUUGUUUUGGUGGUAGCAAGAAUAGGAGUAGCAAGUGUGAGAAGGAUUUCAGAGGGUUGUUAGAGAAAGUGAGGCUUCUUCAAGAUGAAAUGAAAGCUAUAAUGUGUGAAAGAGAGAAAGAGAGUAGAGCUUAUGAAAGAGAUGUUAUGGUUUUUGCAUUUAAAGAAGCUGAAUGGAAACAAGAAAAGAAAAAGCUUAAAGAAGAAGUGAAAAGGUUGAGAAAGAUUGUAGAAGAGAAAGAAGAGAAAAUUAAAGGAAUGGAAGAUGGGUUAUUAUUAGUAGGAGAGAAAGGUGAGAAAAGUCAUAAUUGGUUACUUUCCGGUAAUACUAGUUUUUGGGUUGAGCAAAUGAGAGAAGAGAGACUAUGGAGAGAUGAAGCUGUGGAUAAGUGGAAGAAACUGUAUCUUGCUAUCAAGACUGAGCUUGAUGAUCUUAUUCAGAAAACUCAAGGGGAUGGACUAUACUGGAAAGCUGAGGAAGAAGAGAUGAUUGAAGAGCUAAAGAUGGAAGUGAAGGCAAAAGAGGACACCAUUGAAGAGCUGAAAGCAAGAUUAGCUUUAGUAGAGCGUGAAGAGUACAAAAGGGCAAGAGAGGUUGAUAUAUUAAGGCAAAGCUUGAGAAUUAUGAGCAGUAGAAAGACUGUUCCAAGCUUUACCAUUAGCAAAUCCAAGCUGCGGAUUGUUAAACAGGCUAAAAACCAUAAAGUUCCAAGUUGCAGUUCUGCCUGGUAGAUUGUAUGGCUAUUAAAGUUGUAGUGCAACAAAAGAAAUUGUAAUUUUUAAUUGCUAUAAAUUGCUUGUCGGUCAAAUUCAAUAUCUAUAGGAAAUAUUGUCUGGAUCAAUAAAUACGAGUAAGUAGACCUUCAGAGAAAAGACAGCAAAAUGUGGGACACCAUACCAAGAUAAGACUUACAGCAUUAGAUUCUUCUCUUCUC